UAAUCGUUUCUUCUCGUUUUCUAACAAGCCAGAUUUUUACUCGGCACGCAAGAACCAACCAACACGCAAGGAUUGUAAGUAAGUUAUGAUGUACUUAAAUCUCUCUUGGCAGUUUUCUAGGAAUGUUAACGAAGCAAAAAGAGUGAUUCCACUCGCGAAUCCAAAUAUUCCAGAGUUUAUACUCUUUGGACAAUCCCCUCCCACGCAGGAACGACAAAUCACAGGUCCAAGUACGUAUAGGUUCGAUCACACUCCACAGUAUUUUCCAAAGUAGUCUCGUUGUUUCAUCGUUUUCUUUCGUGCUGCAAUGGCGUUUGCUUGUGCUGCCUUGCUACUCCUAUCUCUUAAAUUCAGCACUUCGGCAUUCGGCAUCGAUCCAACUUCCGGUUUUGUCGAGCGGCCAGUUUCCUACGUGAUCCAGAAGCCGUAUGAUCUCAAAGUCUCUGAUCGCUACAGCUUCAGCAAUGGCAUCCACAAACUGUGGGUCUACACUUCGGACAAGCCCCACAGCUCUGAUAGUGACACGAUGCCAAGAACCGAGCUCCGGUUUCUAAGACCAGAGUACUUGGACGGGGUCUGGCAAUUCGAAGGGGACUUUUACGUUCCCUCGGGCACAAAGGGUGCCUGUGUGAUGCAAGUGUUUGGGGGAAAGAGCGCUGCCACUGCGCUCCAAGUUCGGCUCGACGGGCAUGGAGAUUUAGUUCGAAGUGGAGCCGACUUGCCACACUCGACCUUGGCGACGGAUGUCUAUAACAGAUGGAUCCAUCUCAAUGUUAUCCACGACGCGGACAAUAUGAUGCUUAGCAUCUAUCUGGAUGGAAAGCUCAAGCACUGGGAAGUGAACGAGAGCCGCAAGACGCACUACUUCAAGUGUGGAGUGUAUGCACAGUCCAACGCUAGCGAGUACAUGGAAUCCAGGUGGAAGAAUAUCAAGAUCUGGAAGCUAUGAACUUUGUUCUAAGUGAUAAGGACAAAAGAAACAUUCUCUGAUUGUAAAGUUGCCAAUAAAAACAUGAUCCGUUCUUAGUAAA